AAAAAAACUACUCUAUCUCCCAACGCUUUGCUUUUUGCGCUCUGCUUUGCUAGCUCGCUUUCUCCGGUGACCCGGUCGGUGCGCUGCUCUGCUCCGGUCCUCAUCUGAUCGGCCGAUGGAGUUUCCCACCGCCGGUGGUAGCCGCUUCGCCGACGGUACGCAUCGAAGCUCUCUUUCUCUCUGCCCUCUCUACCUAGCCUUCCUAGGACAGGAUCUGUGGUCGAAAGGGUGAUCCGUUUCGUAUCUCUUUGGUUCAGAUAAUCAGAUCGUGUUUUGAUGUCAAGAACUCUCCAUCCUGCAUUCAUUACAGUUAGAUUGCAAACUAGAUGCAUCAUACAUGUCAAAUAGCACAAAUCUGAUAAUAGGACUUCUCAAAGACUGUUGUCUGUUCAUCUGGAAGUGGAUUUUUGUCUCUUAAGAAGACAUCCCCUUAUUUUAUGCAUGGCAUUCAAAAAGUAUUAAAAAAUUUGUUAAGAUAGAUUAAUAUAUGAUAUAUCUUUUCGCAAAUAUGCGAGUUAAAAUUUAACUUAUACAAUUCGAAACAAAAAUAAUAAUUUGAGCAUGAAUUGCUAUUCAUAGUCAAAUUUGUUAUUUUUGUUUCUAUUUGUAUAAGUUGAAUUUGAAUUUGCAUGUUUGUGAAGUGAUAUAUCACAUAUUGAUCUAUCCUACUAAAUUUUUUCAAAUUUUUUGAUGGCUUUUCCCCUUAGGGGAUGAUUUGAGUUUUCCUGUUCAUCUUUUCGUUAAGAUAAAAACAAAUGAAACUUGUUCAUCUUAGAUAGGAACCUGACCUGACAGCGAUUAGGCCUUGCUAGUUCUAGUUUAGGUGUGGAAUAAUUCCAAUGUUGCGUGUGCUUGACCACCAAGGACACAUGAACAACAACAAUGGAUUUGUGCAAGCAGUAGCAGGAGACCCGUUGGCGGUGGUGAGGGACGCGCUGCUGUCGCAGCUCCAGCAUGAUCGUCUUCGUCAGGAGAUCAUCGUCGCCGAGCUCGCCAAGAUAGAGCGCGCCAUGGCUCUGCGCGAUGCCUCGCCGUCGCCGUCACCGAGCCCCGGCACGCCGCUGGAAAGACUGCGGCAAGUCAGACAUGGAGCUGCGCCGUGUGCGAGGUGCAAACAAGCAGCGAACGCAACCUACGGGAUCAUUAUGGAGGGCAGAAGCACCAGUCGAAAGUGGCAGGAUUGGAGUUGAAGGCGAAGACGGCGACAGUGAAAACGACGGCGAAGCCUUCUCCUGUUGCAGGGCAGAGAGCACACGCUGCCAGAUGGAGCUGCAGCGUUUGCCAGGUACACUGCAAUGGCGAAUGGCAUUUCGAUACCCACCUGAAGGGCA